GAGGGAUACAGUAAUUACUUAUUGGACAUGGGAAUUAAUUCCCCAGUCUUCUUUCAGAUACAGUAAAGCACACACUGAUAAUCUGCGAUUAAACCAUUAGGAAAUGGCAGUGCUUUGGCAUGUGGCUCACUAUGUGACAUAUCCAGCACUCCUUUUGUACCCAAGGGUCCUUGCGCUGCCUUUAAACUUAACUGAGAUAACUAGAAAAUUUAUUUUAAAGUUGUGGAGCAUCUAAAACAGAUGAAUUAAUAAUGUGCUGGGGUAUUAAUAAUGUGAUACCACAAAUAGGCACUGCAUACGUCACAGGAUCUUCUUUGAUUUCAAUGUCUUCUUUGCAACAGUUUUAACAUUCCAUUUACUUACUAUAUUUUCUUGUUAACUUUCCAUUUUACAUGUACAAGAACACCCAGAUCCAUCCAUAUAGUAGCACUCUGUUUAAUCAUUUUCUGUUCUUGCCAGAGUGGAUAAACAUGUACUUCACACCUUAUACCAUCUGCCAAUUUUUAUUUGACAACUCGCUUAACUCAGUAAUAUCCCUCUCAGACUCUCGUGUCCUCCUUAUAAUUUAUCACACCCAUUAAGAGAGCAGGGGGCUAUGAUAGCCUAUCUUAUCUUUUGUUAUUUGACAACACUACAGCCCACUGGGCCCACGCCAAAUGAAAGGGAGCAAUGCCAUUACUAUUCUCAUCUGUAACACGCCUGUUUCGCCACAAAACAGCCCUGAAGCCAGUUCUUUUGAAAUUAAUCUUACUUGUCUGCUCUUUCCCCCCAUAGCUUUGAAAUAGUAUUUCCUUUCGAUCCUCAAAACCAGUUUUAAAGUUGUUAUUGACUCCUCUUCAGCUGGUUAUAUUCCCGGUUAUACUUGAGACAAACAUGCCUAAUUUCCCCUCUGGUUCUUUGUCCCACCACAUUAAAUCUGAGAGUUUGUCUGGUUUACGAGCCUUCUGCCACUGAAACUCGACACAAGUCCUUUUCGUGAGUUUCGAACACCUCAAGCAAUCGUUUGUCGGCAAACCGCAACCUUCCCGUCCCCCCGUUCCAGUUUGAUUUCUUCCGUAAUUCCUGAUUUGUGUUGCAGUUUAACAAAAAUCUUAGCGGAUUACUGGGAUCCCGUGACGCCAUUGCAAUCUGCAGUUGAAGUGGGGAUCUGGGCCGGUGUGGGAGCCUGCUGUCGUUGUAUGCUGUUCCGUCAGGAUAGCACAGGUUGGUCUGGGCGGUGCGGACGGCGCUGGGCAGGCGGGGCUCGGAGCCUGUUGCUCGGUGGUUUGGCUCGGCUCAGCUCAGACCCGCCUUUCUCCUGCAAACUCGGCCCAGUUUCUGUGCGAAGAUGGCGGGUUCGGCAGCAAAGAGCGACAGAGUGAUAGUGGACGGACAUCACCUGAACAACUCAUUAACUUCUCCAGAGUUUGAAGAUGUACCACGCUUGACUGUUCCUUUUUGUGGUACUAUAAAAGGAGGGAUGAGACCAGGAAAGAAGAUCAUUGUGAUGGGUAUUGUCGAUCCCAGCCCAGCCAGCUUUGAAAUCAGUUUGUGCUGUGGAGACUCAGAUGUGUCACCAGCCGAUGUUGCCAUUGAACUUCAAGCGAGAUUUGCUGAUCAGCAGUUUGUCAGAAAUGCUUUCGUUUCUGGAGAAUGGGGAGAAGAAGAAACGCCCAUCCCCUACUUUCCCUUCAUUCCAGACCAACCAUUUAGGCUUGAGAUACACUGCGAAUACCAAAGGUUCCGCAUAUUUGUCGAUGGACAUCAGCUUUUUGAUUUUCAUCAUCGUGUUGAAAACUUUUCAGCAAUUAAUGAAAUAAAGAUUAUUGGUGACUUGCAGCUGACCAAACUUGGUUAAGGACUGCUGGAGAAAAGAUGAACUUUCUGCUAUUAGGUCAAAGACUUGUCAUCAUGCAUGUGAGGCGGUACUAGCUGGGUCUAAGCUAUCUCGGUGUUGGUCUCCAUUGUCUGUUGUGUGAAAAGGAGAAUCAAAUUGUUGUUUGCCAUUGGCAAUUAAUGCAAGGAAUUUAGGGAGCAAUUUGGGGAAAUGCUUGUGGCAGUUGAUUAAAAUACGGUUAAUAAUGGUUCUGGGCUGCAAGGAGGAUACAUUCUAGUUGCGGCUUCAUGUGUCCAGAACUUUAAUUUGGGAGGGGGAGGGAGAGGGUAGCAGGGCAAUGAACACAGUAUUUUUGUGUUGUUUAAACCUUGCACUUCAUUCACGUGUUUCCGCACUGAAAUGAUGGCACAAAUAAUUAACAAAUAUAUAUUUUAAAAAAAGAAUGAACAGUCAGGGUAUUGUUUAGAUUGUAAAUGACAUGCUUUGUGUACUGUAACAUGGAUGGUGUAUUUUGUGCUAUGUAAUACCAUGUAUUUAUAACUAUCUUGCCUUUUAGUCUUAAUGAAUUAUUAACCAUCAACUGUAGGGUAUGUUAACAAAUGAAUGUACCAGAUGUUUAUUAUGUUUCUGUAAAUGAGAAGUAUAUUUCUAGAAAUUCCUAGGUUAUUAAUAGUUUUAUAGAUUACAAGCAAUAAAUGUUGAUAUCUCUAUGAUGGAGUUUUAAAAAAAUCACAUAAAAAUACAAAACAUGAUGCUAUUCAUAGAAUUAAUUUUCUAGAAAUAUAAUUUAAUUUAUGCUUCAUUAUGCUUUCAGAUUAAUGAUGCUAAGUUAAACUGUAAUCGGAAUGGAAGUAAACACUAUUACUGCAGUGAGUUGUAUUGUAAUGAAGAUAAUAUUUCACUAAAUAAAAUACUCUUAACUGUAAAAGAACACUAAAUUGAACGCAAGUCGAGAAUAUCUGAUAUUUUAUAUGUUUUCAUUUGUAUGUAAACUGAUUGCUUUGGGAUUGCUUUGGUUUAUUAUCAGCUCUACUAUUUAUCAAUAUAGAUCUGGAGAAUUGGUAGGUCUAAUUGGAGAGUGUUUUGUGAUCACAUAUUUUGGAACAGAGUAAUUAUUAUAGAAACUGUGUCAGAAGGCCAAGUAAUAUCAUGUUAUCUGUACGGUUUGUGUUUAGAAUAGAUACUUCAGCAUUAUUCACUCAUUUUUAAUGUUUUCUUGUAUUUGUUGAAGUACAUUUCCCCUGCUGUAUAAUUGACUGUAUAUCUGGCUUGUAUUUAAAAGCAUGAUAAAUUCAGGAAGUCAUUAAUGAAACUCAGAAAUAUCAAUAUUAUGGAAACCCUGUCUUAAGAUCUCAUCCUGAUUAUUUUUCCAUAUUUAAAAAGAGCUGUAUAACUGAAUAGUGGCAUAAUUCAAUGCCUCUCCUUUGUUUCUGCUUCUCUAACACUGCAAUGUAUUGGUGGGUACUUUAUGAACAGAUAACUCACCAUAGUUACUCAAAGAUGCCUUUCAAAAUGUAACGUUGUCAUGAAUGUUGUGCAUUUAAUUUUGUUAAGAUCAACUGAUAGCACAUUUACGAAUAAAUAUUUGUAAUUUUC